GAACAAUAUAAAAGAGCUGGUGUCCUUUUCUUCCUCAUCUCCUUGAUCCUUGGUCCAUUUGAUCCCUUUUGGCCACUCUCCACUCGCCUGUAGGAUGUCUUAUCAAUGCAAGCAACGCUGCCUCCCGCCUCCCAUAUUCCUCAAAGGGAACUCCAUCAAGUGCGCGGAAGUGUGCGCCCCAAGAAGUAAAUCCCCUUGCAGAGGCGCCUGCUCCUCAGACACUUGCGGAAGCGCAUGCGCCCCCGCGAAGGAUCCAUGCUGCGCCCCAUGCCAACCCGUGUGUUGCGACCCAUGCGUCAGCAAGAUUGAGAAGUGCCCGGAUCCAUGCUGUGGUGGCACCGUCGCCAAGACAGAGAUAUGCAAAAGCCCAUGUGUCAGCGUCUGUCCCGUGCCAUGCCCGCCGGAGCCAGUGAUAUGCAAAAGCCCGUGUGCCAGUGUUUGCGAUGCCACGUGCGAGGAAGUGACUUGUGGCUGCCAAGGCCAAUCUGGUGUCUGCCAGCCUCAGUCAUGCUUCCCGUUCUGCAUUGCGCCUUGCCAGGGCCAGUCUUGCGUGCCUUUUUGCGGCAACCCUUGCCAGGGGCAGUCUUACAUCCCGGUCUAUAUCCCAGGCUGUGGAGUUGUUUUGGUGCCACAAAGCUGCCUGAAUCCAUGCGCCGGCUCCUGCCCAUGUGCCGGCUCCUGCCCGUGGUCGUCUUCCUGUUGCCAACCCUCUUGCUGCUGUCCGGUGCCAUCCUGUUGCAACUCAUCCUGCUGUUCGCAGCCCGCUUCCUGUGCCAAAUGCUCGUGCGGUUCGUGUUCCAAGAAACAGAAUUCCUAAUGCUCUGGAAAUCCCAAAUUCGUAUCAUCACAGAACGAUACGGUUUUGAGUCCCUUUUCGCCGUCUUCUCCAUCUCUCCCUGAGAUUUGCAGUUUCACAAAGGGGGACUCAGAGCAGCUAACAUAGGCAGCAAUUCGAUGCCACAUCAGUAUAACAAUCACAUCGGUAUGAAACAUCAAUACAUAAAUAGUAAAAACAAUUAGUUAUAUCAUCACCCAAUCGCAUAAUCACAUAAUCCGUUUCCAAAUUAUCGUUAACAGUCAUCAAGUCCAGUUCCAUGUUCAAUGUGCUGCUAUACCCACUAGCCAAAGGCGUGGUUCCAUAACCACGAUUUUAGUUUUUUCCUGAAGGAAAGGAGGGAGUGAAUUCCACAAGCGGGGGGUCACUACUGAGAAGGCCCUGUCCCUCGUCCCCACCAGCCGGUGGGACCGAGAGCAGGGCCUCCCCGGCAGAUCUUAGACGACGAGGUGGAAUGUA